UCCUCCUCAUCCUCCUCCUCAUCCUCCUCCUCGUCCUCCUCCUCGCCCUAGCCUCCUCGCCCUCCCCCUCCCCCUCCUGCACGUCCUCCCCCCAGAGUCUCGGUUUUCGCCGAAAUCAGGGCCAUAAAACGACGUAUCGGCCGUUUAUCUGAAUGCAUCCCAAACACCGCGCGACACAAAGGGGCGCUAGCAACCAGUGCUCGCCAGUCACCGUGAGACUCCACUCCGUGAGCACUGCAGUGCACUGGCGCGGUGCGGCACGAUGAACACGGAACACAGACUCACGGAGCAGCGGCCCCCGGGACGCCCCCUCGCGGACGGCGGCCUCGACGAUGGCGACGGGGCCGCGACUAACCCCGUGCUGGCGGUGCAGCGCGACGCGGCCCUCGUGGCGGAAGCGAACGCCAUGCAUGUCCCCGGGGCGAGCUUCGACGGGCCCGUGAGCGUCGUCAACUCGACGUGCCAGUUCGGUGGCAACACCUUCUACCACGGCCCCGUGACCGUGGUGCUGCCGGACGGCCAAGGCAACGCCGGCGUGGUGCUCUCGGCCUCCGCGCUGGGGGUCUCGGAGGAGGCGGGGAGACCCGCGGCGCAGGCCAAGCAGCCGGUGCCCGGCAAAGCCGAGUGGAAGGGUAGGAAAGGGUGGCGCUCUCUGCGGCGGUGGCAGCGCGUCUCGGUGCUCGUCGGCGGGCUGCUGCUCGUGCUCACCCUCUGCCUCGUCUCGGUGUUCUUGCUGCUCGGCGAGGAUGCGCCGGCUGGCGCCGUCACCGAGGCCGUCACCACCCCUCCCCAGCAGGACCGCUCCACCCCCGGCGUGACCGGCGGUCGUGGCCAAACCACCUCGACGAGUGCAACGAGUACCUCCCCCGACUCGCGGCUGGUGAGCAGGAAGGGGUGGGAGGCGCUGCCGCCCCGCCGCACCGCGCCGCUCGUGACGCCCCUCCGGAUGGUCAUCGUCCACCACACGGCGAUGGCAGCGUGCAGCAAUGAAACGGCCUGCAAGGCCAGCGUGCUCGGGAUUCAGAACAUGCACAUGUUCAAGAUGAAGCCCCCCUGGGACGACAUCGGCUACAACUUCCUGGUGGGCGGCGACGGCUACUCGUACGAGGGCCGCGGCUGGGACGUCGUGGGCGCCCACACGGCGUCCUGGAACGCCGUAUCGCUGGGCGUCGCCCUCAUCGGCAACUUCUGCGAGGCGCGCGUGUCGGCCGACCAGCACGACGCACUGGAGCGGCUGCUGGAGCUGGGCGUGCGCCUGGGCAAGCUGCGGGAAGACUACGCGGUGCAGGGCAGGUGCGAGUUGAACGGCGCCAUCAGCCCUGGCACCUACGCCAUGGAGGACAUCAAGACCCUCAGCCACUGGAAACGCAGCAACUCCUCCAAGGAGUGCACGCCGUGCGAUCCGACCUAGCGCCAAGUGGCUCGCACGUAUCGGAUGCAGAUGAAAGCAAAAUAAAACUUAUGAACGACCGCAUCAACGAAUGAUUUGUAAUUUAUCUUUAUUUCAACCACAAUGUGGUAGUACUAUGUGGUACUGGUAGUACUAGUAGUACCACAAUGUGGUAGUACUAUGUGGUACUAGUAGUACUAGUAGUACCACAAUGUGGUAGUACUAUGCACAUCGUGUUUAAAAUUAUCGUCGUUAUCCUUGAGCGCCAUGAUGUUGGCUAACAUAUUAACCACCAAUUUUGGCGUAAUGACUCCAACUUGUCACUGCCUGAUCCCGAACACUGCUCUGUCUCUCUCACACUAUGAAAGGUGGGACGGCGGCAGAAUGGGUCGGAUGUCGCUGUGGUGUUGUAAAAACAUGAGGAAAGAAUGUGAAAAGUGUGAAAGAAAUAGGCGAAGGAAUGCUUCGAGUACCAAAUCAUUAAACUACUCAGCGAUACUUGAAACUUGCUGUUUUACUUACUACCCUCGGCUCUCGGGUUGGCUCCCACCCCCUUCUCGCACCCCACUUCACA